UGCGCGCUUACCCACACAACAUUUAUAUAAAGGGGAUCAAUCUUAUAUAUAUAGUUAUAUAUAAAGCAUCAUCAUCAAGAGAGAGAGAAGGGGGAGCAACGUGUCUAUGUUUGGCAGGCUCAGAGAGAUUUAAUUUUCUUUAAUUAUCGAGAGAAUAUGUUUGAUAAUUUAGGCAAUAAUAGAGAAAGAGAAGGGUUUCACUACAAUAAUUGCUCAUCCGGGCCGAGUAGUAGUCAUGAAAUCGAUCAAGAUGGGUUCAUCAAGGAGCAAGAUCGGUUGCUUCCAAUAGCCAACGUUGGGCGAAUCAUGAAGCAGAUUUUGCCCCCAAACGCCAAAAUCUCCAAAGAAGCCAAAGAGACUAUGCAGGAAUGCGUAUCGGAGUUCAUAAGCUUUGUCACUGGAGAAGCCUCCGACAAGUGCCACAAGGAGAAGAGGAAGACGGUGAAUGGCGACGACAUUUGUUGGGCGCUGGCCGCGCUCGGCUUCGACGAUUACGCCGACCCACUCAAGAGGUAUCUGCACAAGUUCAGAGAGCUAGAAGGGGAGAGAUCUUCAGCUCAUGGUGGCCAGACUAGUAAUAGCAACAACAAAGGUAGUGGUAGUAAUAAUAGUAAUAAUACUAGUAAUAAUCAUAAUCUUGAUCAAAAUCAUCAUCAUCAUCAUCAUCAUCACCAUCAUCAUAGUCAGAAUAACGACAUCAUCAAUUCCAAUUAUAUUGGAGGGUGUGGGGAUCGAUCCUGAUCCUGAUCAUGAUCACCAACAACAUCAUGUCCCUUCACAUAUAUAAUAGUACCAAUACUUAUACUUCACUCACGUUUAAUGUGAUUGAGAGGAGUAAUAACUCUUUUUCAAGGCAGUUUUGAAUGGUAAUUAAUCAAGAUCAGUUUCCAAUAUCUCAUGUAUGUUGUAUUAUUUUGAUUAUAUAUAUGGGGGGCUUGCUGAGUUGGGAGGGGGGAACUUGGGGAUAUUCAAAUUAGGUUUUUUAUAAUCUGUAUGUUAAAGAUUAGAUCGAUCUUUCUUUUCUUCUUUGAUAUUUGACUACUGUUAAUUAGUAGCUUAUUAACUGAAUUUGUGAACUGAGAUUGUAGCCGAUCAUAUAUAGAUCAUCCUUGUAUC